CUCGCGCGAGGCCGGGCGGCGCGAGGCGACGCAGCCGUUAGGGCCCUGCGGGCACUGCCCCCCCCUCCCCUCCCCCGGCGCGGGCUGCCCCCUCCGCCAUGGCCGCCCCUCACGGUGGCGCUCGCUUGUGGCAGCCCGGCCGGGGUCUCGGCCCCCCUCUGCCAGGGGACGGGCGCGGAGCGGGAUGGGGGCCUUGCCGGUGCCAGGAUCUUUGGAGAGUUUAAGCCAUGGAGCUUCCUGUUUUGCAGAGUGUGUAGGACACAGUGCAUUGUACUUCCCCAAAGGAGCCAGAUACAGCUACAGGUAUUCAACAGUCACCACCACAUUCCUACAGGGAAGCAUUUACAAAAGCAGUGGUAUAUCUCUGGAGAGCACAGUGACCAUUGAGGCAUUGGGGACGUGCCAGAUGGUUUUGAAAGUGCAAGAUGUACAAAUCAAGAAAACUCUUGCAUCCAGAGUGGAGUCUUUGAAGGAAAUGGACAGUCUAAGAGAAAUACUAGAACAGCAUCCUCUCCACUUUUCUUUCUAUGAUGGGAAAAUUCUAAAGCUCUGUCCUGUAAGGAGUGAACAGACUUGGGCGCUGAACAUCAAGCGAGGUAUUCUUAGUGUCCUGCAGACGUCACAAGCAUCCGCCGCCAGUGGAGUCAUUGAAGAGAUGGAUAUUCUGGGAAUAUGCCCAACAAGGUAUCAGAGAAAAGGUCCUAUUCUUGUCAAGACAAGGGACUUAAACCUCUGCUCUCAUCGGUAUUCUGCUUUUACUUCCGUGCAGUCUGUUGCUCUUCCUCGUAUGUCAUCUGAGCAGCAGAUCCUGUCAUCCAAACUGGAAUGUGUUCAGACCUUUAAGGAUGGAAUCCUGGCAGAGGCCAAAUGUACUGAAUCCAACCUCGUUACACCAUUCUCUAAGAAGGGAAGUGGGGCAAAGACACAGACACAGUCUUCACUGAAACUCUUUCAGGUGGAAGCAGAGACACUGUACAAAAAAGUGGACUCCAAGGAUCUGUAUGUGACCAACAUGCUGUAUGAAAGGGAACAAACUGAGAGACAAUUCAUUGUAAAGGAAGUGACUGAAUUAGUGCAGAAGCUCUGCUUAGCACAUGGUGUGAGACUGGAGACCGCAGACCUUUUCAUGACUCUUGUGUUUGAGCUUCGACAUCUUUCUCUUAAGGCCUUAAAAGAGCUAUGGCAAAGAUCUUCCUUUAAAUGCAGAGAUAACUGGCAACCCCUAAUAGAUGCUCUCCCAUCAUGUGCUACGGAGGCAUGUGUUCUCCUAAUGAAAGAAAUUAUAGCCUCCGGAGAAGUUGAGGAAGACAAAGUGGAAUCUUUCCUUUGGUCAUUUUCAUUCAUUCCUAAGCCCACUUCUGGCAUGAUUGAAUCUCUUGCUCCUUUGCUGCAGUCACCGGGAGCAAGCCAGAGCUCCUUCUUAGGAGUAACUGCUCUUGUACAUAGGUUUUGUUCAGCUCAUGAAUCCUGUGAUGGUGUGCCUGCUGUGCAGAGUGUGAUGAGGACUCUUGGUGAAUUUCUGGGAGGAAACUGCACUGUGCGAGAUUCAGAAGGACUCAGCCAGAUGCAACUAGUGUUAAAAGCUAUUGGAAAUGCGGGACUUGCAGCAGCUUCGUUAGCUCCUGUUUUGAGCUUUUGUGCUUCCCUGAGAAGUAAUCCUAUUGAAAUUCGUCUAGCUGCUAUACGGGCAUUCAGGCGCAUUCCUUGUUCUGUCAGGAAUGCUGCUGUGUUAGUUCAGCUAUAUCAAGCAACCAGUGAUGAAGUAGAAAUAAGGAUUGCUUCUUACUAUAUAGCAAUGAAAUGUCCGUGUGAAGAAUUAUUUAAAAAAGUACAAAAGACUUUGCAAAAGGAAACAUCCAGUCAAGUGGGCUCCUUUGUUUGGAGUCAUCUCUCCCAGCUCCUGGAAACAAGUGAUCCACUGAAGGAGCACCUUCGCGAUUCUAUUCCUGAUGACAUCCUUAGCAAAGAUUUUGAUUGGGAGGCAUGGAAAUACUCCUCAUAUUCAGAUGUCACGUUCCACACAGCUGGUGCAGGUGUAAAUAUGGAAGCAUCAGUGGUCUUUUCUCCUGCAUCUUUUCUACCACGAUCAGUCAUGACAAACUUGACUGUUCAGCUUAUGGGGCAGGCUAUCAAUCUACUGGAGGUUGGUGUGCGGUUAGAGAAUGCAGAAGUUCUCAUUCAGAAGAUUUUUGGGCAAAAGUCUGCUACUUUCAGUGACUAUUUUUUUGCAAACACUGAUGAAAGAAAGCACAAGUCAGAAAACCCAGUGAAGACAGUAGGAAAGGUCAAGCAGAGGAAGCUCACUUCAGAGCGGUACAGCCAUGGUGAUCGUCUUGUGACCAAGGCUGGCAAGCCAAAGUUGGGAAGAGCUAACCAGAAUUGUCCUAGUAGAAAGUAUAAUAAGAUGAGUGAAUUAGUGAAGAAGUUCACUGAGAGAAUGGUGAGGAGGAAGGAGCUGAAAUGUGAGCUAAGCAUAAAGAUCUUUGGAAAUGAACUUAGAUUUUUGGAUUGUGCAGAUUCAAGAAAACAGAUCAAACAUUAUUCUUUAAAUCUGGCUGAGCUGGCUGUCAAACUUCUGAAGGGGCAAGAGGUUCAGUUUAAUAAAAGACUGAGUUUGGCCUCUGAAGAAUUUCAAUUUCCAGCAAUUUCAGGCUUUCCUGUUCAACUGGCUGUCAAUGCCUCAGCAGCAACCAACGUAAAAAUCAAAGGGAAUGUGGAUUUCAAACAAUGGUCAAAUUUCUUUGUAAAUGGAUAUAUCAAGCCAAGUGCAUUUAUCCAGAUUUCUGUCCAAAUGGGAAUCGUGGGGACUCUGGGAAAAGCUGGCCUAAGCUGGGAAACAGGAAUGAGGACAUCUACUAGCCUCGAUGGGGGAAUCUACAUUAAAAAAGGGAAAGAGCUCAAAGUUUUUUUGAACACUCCAGAAGAAUCUAUGGAGAUAAUUAAUUUCAGCUCUAAACUCUACUUCACAAUGGUGGAUGAGACAGAAGAUAUUGAUGUCUUCCAAGACCACCCAGAAACCAGGUCUUGCACUAGGGAGGAAGUGUCCAAGAUUAUUGGCUGGCAGUUGUGUUCUGAAAUGUUGUAUCCUGACUCAGCCAGUGGUUUGCCUUUCCCCUUUACUGGACCUCUGAGAGUGGCUGUCACACUAAUUAAGCAAGACAGAGGCCUGCAGCAAUACCUUGUGGAAGCUGCAUAUAACUAUAUUCCUCAGGAGGAUUCUUGGAUCCCAAAUGAAGCUGUCCUUCACUUCUUCAUUGGGACUCCAAAGUCAGACUUGAGAAGGGAUGUUGGUGUUGAUCUGAAUUUUAAUGUCCCACAGAAGAAAUUCAGAAUCAAAUUUAUACAACCAAAGAAGAAGAUUGAGAUAAAUGGGAAAAUUGAGUUUUCAAAAAAUUCACAGAUGGGACGCCUCGAGCUGAUAGUAGAUGACCGAGAUGUAUACUACAUUAAGGGAAUGACAGAUUUGCACAUACUAAGUGGAGAACAGAGAUACGUGACCCAGCUGGAGGUAAAGCUGAUAAGACAAAGCAGCCCUAUCAUUCUGUCAGGAAACAUCACUAAACAACUUGGCAAGAAGAUAGCUUUUUCAGUAUCCCUGAAUAAUUUAUUGAAGGAUGCUGCAUUUCUUUCAGUAUUUCUGGAGAAAAAGCUUGAUGAUAAGCUGAGGCAGUACUCACUUGAAGGGGAGACUUACCUUCCAGGUGUUCUUGGAGCUCAUGUCAUCAGUCUUCUCCAGCAACGUGAGAGCUUGCGGUCGCAUGCUUUAAGGAUAAAAUAUGGAUUCCCAGGAGAUGCAAAAAACCUUCAUCAUGAAUGCAGUACGGGGCAAAAGAUUAAAGAGGAGACUGGUGCACAUGAACUAUACAGACUGGAUAUUGGGCAUGAAUUUCACUGUAUGCAGACUCCAACAUAUAAUCACAAGGUUCACCUGCAACAUGAAGCGAGUGCGUCUUGGCUUUCCUCCCAGCUGGAAGUGAACUAUGGGAAACACUGGGAUGAAAUAAACAACAAGAAAAAAGUUCUGAUCAGCCAAGCAUUUAAGAAUAGUUCCAGUUCGUUUGUAGUCAACUAUUUCAUGGAGUUUGCCGUGCAAGUCCUGGAAAAGCAGGUGAAUUACAGAACCCAGCUGCAGCACUCAUACAAUUCUCAGGGUUAUUCACAGAGUAGCACCAACUUUAAGGUGCAGUGUAAUGACCACAUGCCAUUUGUGGCUGGACUGCAGUGGAAAGACGCAUCUAGAAAUGAUCUUAAGAAGUGGGAAGGUGGAUUAAAUAUGGACACACCAUGGCUAUAUCUAUAUGCAACUCUCAAACUAACUCAGCCUCAGCGUUCUGCUUACUUACUGACUAUGGAGCUGACAGCUGGGAAAAUUGUCUCUAUUAACAAUCUCGUAGUGGAGCUAUUCUGUGAAGAUCAAGGCAAUGAAAAAGAAGGGAAAAUUCAUAUUUACACCCCAGCUACUACGUAUCUGCAGGCAUCCAUGUUUAAUUAUCUUGGGAGGAAUGUUCUGCAUAGCUAUUGUGAAGUGAUAUCUCUGUGGAAUCAGCUUGUGAAGAAUGAGAUUCUUUUGGAGAACAAUGGACAAGCCAAAUUUCUCUGCUUUAAGAUAAAGAGUGCAAAACAGGAAUUUAACUUCACAGCUGGCUAUCAGAAUCUGCCAGUGCCUAAAAAGACAAACAUUUCUGUGAAGGCUAUAUGGACAGACUAUGAAAGUCUGCCUGUAGUGCUGCAAUUUGAAGGUCAGAUAGAAGAGAUGAAGAAGGAGAAGAUGUUCUAUCAGAAACGUGGAACUCUCCAUUUCAGGCAUCCAUUUAAACUGCUCAUUCCACAGAGUUUCCUUCUCCAGGGGAUGUUUACUGUUGACAAAAUGCAAAAGCAGUACUUUUUGGAGACAAAAGUUUUGAUAAAUGGGCUGGAGGAAUCAGUUCAAACUUUUACACUUGGCUACCAACCUGAAAACCCCUAUAUUUGUGCUGGUUUAGCUCAUCCUUAUAACUACAGGUGGUUCCCCCAAAAUGUUGAAAUAUGCAUUUUAACUCGAAGUCACCAAACUGUGAAGCAGGAAGUUGAGACUACCUUGAAAGUCAAUAAGGAAGAUGUUCUCAGCUUUCUAGGAAGAUACCAGGACAAAUCCAGUGAGACAGAUUUCAGACACCUUUUAUACAUGGAUGUGACUCAUUCAUUCCAGCUCAAGUUUCCACAAGCAGUGGCCUUAAGUGGGGAGCUGUUUUCUAGGCAAACCAAACUGGAAGACUUUGACUACCGUGUGAAUGUAAAAGCUAUCAUCAACAACAACGAUUCCUCACAGGUCCAAGCAGCCCUGAAGAGUUAUGGUGAGAGCAACCUCAAUGGAUCUCUUUACCUUCAUUCCAGUGGAAGGGACAUGCUGAUGCUGGAGGUUGAUAUGAACAAUGAAAAGAGGAGGAAUGCCAGAGUUGUCAGAGUGGGCGCUUUCCUCCAUCAGGCAAUCUUGACAGAACCGGAGUCAAUGCAGUUCCAGUUAAUGGGCAAAAUGUAUCCAUCAAGACUUCUGGUAUCUUCUGAGAUAAAGCUUAAUGAAAAUAGGCUUCAUGUGGAUUUCAUGGGAGCCAGGGAGCAGAAAGUUGGUCUUGUCUUGUCCUUAAAUGGAAAAGUCCGACACACAUUUACUGGAUUAAAGGCUAUACCUCAGCUUCUUUCUGUGAAUGGAUUACUGAAGCGCAAAAGCAACAUACAUGAUGGUAAUAUCAAUGUGAUGAUCAACAAAGCACUGUAUGGACUCCAUCUCAGGAACAGAAAUGUGUUUGGGAAUUCCAGCGUACACAAUAUCACUUUUGCUAUGUUUCAGAAUGGCAGUGAGGCAAUGCCAAUGGAGGCAAAACUGAAAGGACACCUGGAGCUGAGUAAAGAGAUCAAAAGGGUCUUAGCUAGCUUCCUGGUGGAUGAGAAAGCCCUUUGUGUAGAUUUUUCCAGUGUCAUGAGUCAUGAACACAUCAGGGUCAGUGGGAUGUUUGCACAUAAUAUCAGCUCUUUAAAAAAUGCAGGAUCGCCCUUGGAUGGCAUUCUCACUGCCAUGUGCGACCAUGUCACAGCAAAUCACACUGUUACUAUAGCGCUACAGAGUGGCAGUGAAAGGAUUACUGCUGUGUUUGAAGGUCAGAGACUGUCUGUAGAGCCUCCUAAAUCCCAGCUAUCUGUGAGUUUACAGCACAACAUCUCAAAGAUAAAGAAACUUGGGAUCCCCUUUAUUUUGGAAGCUGAUGGCUAUUACCAGAAUUUCAGCAAAGGGAUUGCUGCAGGGAUAACAACCAUGGUGGAGAAGGAACAGUUCAAAGUCACAAUAGAGGAGAAAACCACUGUUGGUGCUGUGGAAAUUUCCCUUUCACUUCAUCAUGAUGUGGGAGUACUGAUAAACAUUGUCCCACAGGCCAUACAGGUUACUUGCAGUGGAGAAUCUAUCUACAAACAACUUUUUGGCCUUUGCAAUGGAGACAUUGCAAAUCAUCAUUCUGAGACUCCAGCAAAAGUUUCACUGAAUGGGUCGAUGCUUACCAGCAACUCUACUGUCAGCUUCUUUGGACGCGUUUCUUUUAAUGAGAUGUUUGCCUCUGUGCAACUCUCUGCCACCUUCAACAUCCAGCCUCAUUUGGAGCUGGACUUCAAGCAUUCCUUGCCUCAACUUCAGUCUCUGGGUGUUGCCAAAGAGAACCAAGUGAAGGUGUCAGCCAUGAGAAGUGACAAGUAUAAAGGCGUGCUUGAGAUUGUCCUGGGGCAUUGCAGUUUAAAAGCUGAUGGAGAAGUGAGCCUGGCAAGCAAUGAAACAGAUACAGAAUGGAUACUUACUGUUAGAAACAAGUGUGUCAGUCUAGAGAUGGUGGGACUGCCUCGUGCAGUAGCCUUUGAGGGCUCAUUCGAACAGAACAUCUGCAACAUUGGCUUAUUGAUGAACCUCCAGUGUGAUGGCAAAACAGCUGAUAUGCAGAUAGACACUUCCUGCGAGCAUGAAUACACACUCCAAGGGAUGCUAAGGCAUUCAGUUCCCUGGCUCGGGGAGCUUGGGCUCCCUUUUGAAAACUCUGUCCUGUUCUCUGCAGCCACAGACACCACCACUGAAGGCAUUUUGUUGCUGCAGGCUGGCAGAUGCAACCUUAAGGCCAGAGGAGUUCUCUCUAUUCAGAAUAAAACUGAGUGGACAGUGGAAACAGAAACAGUGUGUCAGCUUCUGCAGGAUCUCGGUAUUCCGGCUCAGUCACGGCUCACAGGAUAUAUUCAGAAAGACAGCUGCCAAACAGGACUUCUCUGCGUCCUUGAAACAGAUGGCAAGGUUGCCCGUCUCGAAGUAAGAGCAGAGUGCAAGCCAAAGAUGACCCUGGAAGUUCAGUUCAGACAUGAGUUCCCUCAACUGAAAGAAAUUCCAAGGGAAAACAAGCUGUCCGUCACGGCACAAAAGGAGUUAAAAUAUCAUAUUGACAUAGGAUUGAAUUCAGGUGCUUGUGAGCUUCAAAUGAAUGGGGAUUUCUACUCUGAAAAGAAGCUUCAGUGGAAAAUGUUUAUAGAAAACAAAUGCCAAACAAUUCAGGAUUUUGGAGCACCACUAAAAAUUGAUGGUUCAGGCUAUGUUUUGAUGGAUAAAAUGAACCUAGAUUCACAGACGCUGAUCAUUGUUGAUGAAAAUAAAUUGCAAGGACUCCUUAUACUAAAAGCCACUGAUGAAAGACAUGAACUGGAUGCGCUGCUAACCCAUAACAUUCAAGGAGCUACUGACAUUGGCAUUCCUACAAGGACAUUAGUUGAUAUGACAUCAGAAAAAAAUGGGGACCUCUAUAAAAGAUUUAUUCAGUUCUCUGUGAACAGCAAGCAAAUUACGGAAGAACUGAGCUUUGUCCAGAAAUUGGAUGGUGUGUCUCUUAACUACAAACUUACUCAUAACAUAGAAGCACUGAAGACUUUGCAAAUAGAAGACAGGAUUGAGUUGCAGGCUAUCUUGGACCUGAAAGCAAUCAAGCGUUUUAGUAUUGACGUGUGCUAUGGUGGUUACCUGAUGGUUCUUGAAGGACAAAUCCAGGAGUCUGAAACAACUACUGACAUAACUGGGAAUUUUCAGCAUACUUGGCCAUGGUUGCUACAAGCCAGAGUGCCAACAUCUUUACAGAUAGAUGUGUUUUUUCAUGGAAGAAACACUACUCAAGAAAGACGUAUGCGCAUUGCAGCUGGAGAAACGUCAGUCACAUACAUAAUAAACUCUUACUAUGUUGAUCACCAAAUGGAUAUUUUUUGCCAAAGUGUACAUAACAGCAAGACAUUACAGGCAUCUGGCUACCCUAAGGCAAUCACUCUGAUUCUGAGUUUACAGAAAUUAGAAAACAAAGCCAAGACUAUCUGUGAAGUACAAUAUGAUGACAAAGAUAUAACUGUGAAUAUGGAUGUUGAUACAGACUUUGAACUGUAUGGUUCAUUUGAAUUCAUGGCAGAGGUGAAGCAUUCAAUAUCACUUCUCAGUCAUCUGGGACUUCCCUUCUUCCUUAAGAUGGCAAUUCAUGAAGUCCUGACUGAAAAUGAAAUUACAGGAGCUCUGGGGCUGACAAGUGAACAAAACACAAGCUUUUCCUUAACCAUCAAUAGGAAAAAUGACCAGCAAGGUGAGGAGCUGACUAUAAAAGCCUUCCAGAAUCUUCCCUCCUUUCUACAGUACUUCCCCAGUGCAGCAGGACUUUCUUCCAAGGUAAAUUAUGAUGCGAGUGAAGCAGAAGGCAAACUAUUCCUCAAGAUGGAAAAAAAAGAUUUCAAUUUUACAGCUAAGCUGAGUUUCACUGGGACUAGCUAUACUAACAUCAUUGAAAUGAUGCACACAAUACCUCAGUUAAAAAGUCUUCCAAGGCAGCUCGUGUUCAUGACAGUUUACCAAAAAAGUCAUGGAACACGUAUGCUGAGGCACACUGCUCUCUGGGAUGGCAAAGAGGUAAAAGUAACAGGCACUUACACUGGAUUCUUCCCAAAGUUGCCUGGAGGUCAUAAAGUUAAUGUGGAGCUUUUCCAUCCUCUCUCCAUCCCUUUCCCUUGGCAUGCCAGGCUUGACCUGUAUGUGGAGCAUUCGGCACAGAGUCACCAGGAUGAUCUAACUCUUGUUUGGAAUGACAAGGACCAGGUAUCAGCAUCAUCAUCGCUGAAGUUUGGAAGCGCGCAUACGAGCUGCAGAGCUGCUCUUGCCCACCCAUUUAAUUUCACUCUGAGACAACUAGAGGUCAAUUCCCUGUCAGAGAGAAGAGGCAGAAAGUACAACCAGCAGGUGCAGCUCAUGUGGAAUGGCGGGCAGCCAGCUGACGUCAGAGUGACCCUAGAAGAUAAAUCAGAGACGAAUAUCACUGCCUGGGAUGCUUGUAUGACGCUCUCGUCAGGUCAGCUGCAGAGAGUAUUAAGUAUGGGACACUUCAAUGCAUGUGGGUCUCUAGAGCAAACAGCAGUAUUUUUUAAUGAAUAUCUAGAUCUGAACUGGGAUGACAAAAAAUUCAAACACAAUUUGACUUACAAGAGAGAUAGAUUCUUGUAUCCUGACAAAUUUCAGUUAGAAGCCACUUUGGAAAACAUUUUCCUGACUUCGUGCACUAAACAGAGUAUUCUGGGUAAAAUAGAAACAAACUACUCAUCCUGGCUGGACUAUUAUAUUAACUUCGGAUUCUGCGAUCUCCCAACUGUAAUUGCUUUCUCUGGAAAACAUCAGCUCAACAAAGGAGAUACUAUUUUGCAAUCAGAGAGCAGAUUCCACCUUGCUGAUCAUGGAAGAGAAGAUGGGUUGAUUGGAGUAUCCUUAAAAAAUAAGAGCACAGCUGAUAUGAAGAACUAUUAUGUGGAGAUUGAAUUAAAAGCCUUUGAAGAUGUUUGGCUAGGCCUGACAGGAACUACUUCUUCCUCAGCUGUUCAGAGCCAAAUCCUGGUGGAGGGGAUUAUUGAUCAGAAAGAGAAAGUAAAAGUAGCUGCUUCUAAAGGAAAGGAAUGUCUUCAGUACUACAUGGGGUAUUUGAAAGGGGAUUUGGAGAAAGGAAUGGAAGUCAGUGCUUGUACCGAUGGGCAACAGAUGGCUACUGUUAAUACCUAUCUCAACAUUAAUGGUGAAAGGCAAGAAAAAAUGGGACAACUGACCCUAACAGCUGUUAAUGAAAGCUUGAGUUUCUUGGCUCAUGGAUGUGGGGAUCCAGUUCUUAAGGCUGAGUACAAACUUAAUGAAAUUGGGAGUCUUCUAAAAGCCAAACUGGUGGAAAAGAUGAAGAAGUUUGAUGGAUACAUUUGGAGACUCAGAAGAUCAAUGCAGCAAGUUGAUUUCCUGUCUGAAGCAGCUGGCUGGCCUUCGAUAGCCUUGCAAGAAGCAGCAAGAUUCCUCCACAGUGUGGGUAGAGCUGUCGCCCAGGUGUGGAAGCAGAGUGGAAUCAGGCAGAUACUGAGAAGCAAGCUCCCACUUUACCUGGAUAAAAUUCAAGACAUUGUCCAGCAAAUGCAGAAUGAAUUGCAAAAGCCAUUAGCAACUUUGAAGGACGCCUACUACGAUGUAACCUUGAAGCCACUGGAUGAGGUUUGGCAUGAGAAAACAGAAGAAUACAUGAAGAAAGUCCAGGCUUUUGUGCCCAGGAUUGUGAAAGAUGUUUGGCUAAUGGAACCAAUCCAGUUGGCAAUACGGGUUGUGAAAAGAGGCCUGGAUAUGACAACACAUCAGAUGCUGAGGUGGGCAGAAGCCACAUUUUCUAGAGCUGUGAGCAAGAUACGGAAGCCUUUAUUCAAUCUUUACCGUUUUUCAGCCAGGAACUGUUCAGUGGCAGUAAAACUGCCAGUAAUUCCUAAAGCAGACCACUCUCUGGACCUGGCAAAUAUUACUAACUAUCUCAUUGAAGAAAAGCUAAUGAGACCUCUCAAAGACCUCUACAACAUCAACAUAGUUGCAGAGUAUUAUAGAUUCAAACGGAGGAUGAUGGAGAGUCCCUUUGAACAUCACGCUGUGUUAAUGGGGAACAAGCAUCUUGUGACUUUUGAUGGAAGAAUUUAUGAUUUGGCAUCAAAGUGCAGUGUGCUUCUUGCCAAGGAUUUUGUUCACAAUACUUUCACUGUAAUACUAAACCAGGAAAUUAAUGAGUCAAGAUCACUAUAUGUGGAGAUGAACCAGACUGUGAUCAAUAUCUACCCAAGACUGAAGAUAUCCAAGAUGUAUAACUUCUCCUUUAUGGAACAGAACUGCCAAGGAAUGGAUCGAUCUCUUGAAAAGAAUACCACUGAUUCAAGGAGAGAAACCAACAAAAUAGAAAUGUCUGAUCAGAACGGAGUUUCCAUCUCCUGUGACUUUCAGUAUGAUCUUUGUACUGUCACUCUGGCUGGAUGGCACCAUGGUAUUUCAGCUGGGCUUUUUGGUACCAAUGAUAAUGAAGCAGGGAAUGAAUGGAUACUUCCUAAUCAUUCCUUCACUGACAGUGUGCAAGAAUUCACACAGAGCUGGCAGGUGAACAGGUGCAGUCGCAUGCAGAAGAAAGUGAAGCCAUGUACCACUACAGCUAAGCAAAAAGUCUGCAAAGUGCUUUUUGAAGAAGCUCACUCGCUUCUUAGGAACUGCUUCAAAGUUGUGGACCCUGAACCAUUCUACAGCAUGUGUAUGUAUGACACCUGUGAAUCAAAUGAGUUGAAAGCUGCCUGCAGCUUAGCAGCAGCAUUUGUUCACUUGUGCAACCGAAAUUUUGUCCCUGUGGAAAUUCCUCCUCAAUGCUUGAGCUUGUUCUGAAUGGCAGAUACCAGCCCUGAAGAUGAAAGACCUUUCAGCAUCCGAAAUAAACCAGCCAUUUGGGUAGACCAGGUAGAAGCAACAGUAGGGAAACCAGUUCAAAUGUUAAUGAAUUUAAGUGUUAUGACUAUGAAUAUAAUGAAGCAUAUAGAAGAAAAGCUUUUCACCAAGAAAAACGUGAGACCAGAGUAAUGAUUUCAGUACAAUGACAAGAAACUAUAAUCAGUCAGAAGAAACUGGACAUGAGAAUAUUGAUUACUUAAAUAAACAAAAAAACACCCCCACAAUCUCUCCCAUUCGGUUGCAAAAUUGCUUCUUCAUAAGCACUGAGCCAUAACAUGAAUAUGUUUAAAAGUUCAAAAAAAAUCUUUUCCAUCUCAGAUUAGUACGAGAGGCUGCUUUUUGAAAGCAGCAUAUUGGCUUUAAACCUGCGCAGAAAUGCUCUUAUUCUCCAGAACUGAAACUCAGCUAUCAGUAAAUUCUGGAGAAACUGACCUUUUUCCAGAGAAGUGCCCCAACAUGCAGGAAGGCCAAGAUAAAAAUGAGAUGGCUAAAAAAAGUAAGUAAAGCAUUUAAUCAUUUUCUCGUGUUAUCCUACUUGAUUUUUCCCUUAUCAAUGUGCACACUGUUAAAAGAGAAACAGCCUUCUUGGUAUCUCUUUACCAGUUUCACAUUCUCCCUUUAUGUCUUUAGAACAACUUCUCAGAAGUCAGUUUACAUGUUGGGAAAAGGUAACAUACCUAUCUUACUCAUACGGUAGUCUUAUAUAAGACUUAUAAAAAUACCUUAUGUGAAAGUGUCUCAGCUGUUAAAAUUAUUUUCCAUAUUUUAAGUAUACUGAUUAAAAAAAUGCAUAAAUGAGGCAUACUCCUCCCCCCGCCCCGUACCAGGAAUGUGCUUAUUCCUCAGAGAAAGGUAACAUCACAAAAUCCUUCAGAUACCUUUGCAUAAGAAUAUGCAUAGAUUGAAAUAAUAGGGUUCUAACUGUUAAAUGCUGAUAAUUUUUACUUCCUUGUUUUUACACUGUAUACAUUUUUACUGAUAAUUUGUAAGAACAAAGUUAUCCUGAUCUACAGAGUUAGAAGUGUCCGAGUGUAAACUGCUCCCGUGAAAAACUGUUCAUAGACACAGAAAUACCAGCUGACCUCAGUUAUCUUGAGUAUGCUGCUUUUAGGAACAUAACAUUGUCUAUACUGCUGCUGGUUCCAUGGCUAGUAUGUUUGCUAUCCACUUAUGUUCACUGUGUUGUAGAAAAUUAAACAUACUCUAACACUUUCCUUGUAUUACAGUUGAAGCCCCAAGCACUCAUACCACACACAAUGCUGGCACAUACACAGCGUCCAAAACAUCCAGUGGGUAUUAGGUUUUCCUAGUAUUUCGCUGUACAUACUAAUAUUUCGUUUAGUACCAUAGCUAGGAAAUAAUUUACUGCAUUCCAAAGGUAAGAACCAAGUCAUCCUUAUAUUACCAUUGUCACAUUAUCUCAUGGCUGCAACCUGGAAUGCACCUACAUUUGCAAAUAAUUACCAAAUGUAAUUCUGGCUGCAGCUACCAGACCAGAAAAGGAUGAGAACUGGUAAGCUCUAAGCCUUUAAAGCAUAAACACAACCCCCUUUACUCUUUUCCAAAUGAGGCCUCUCAAAAUUAGUUUUCAUGUGCAUAAUACGUGCAAAAUCUUCCACUGCUAAUUAGUAGCAACAGUUCCUCUUAAAUACAGCAUGUCCAACCACUUACAUGGGUGUUUUCAUAAUCAUUUUGCCAGCUGGGAUUACAUAAAGCAGUUGCAAACAGACAACAUAGAAAUCCAGAAGCAGCGGCAUGCACUAAGAAGAAAAAUUAAUUCACAAUGUUAGCAGAGAAACCAUUCCACAGAGUAACUGCCAAAGAGUGCUUCAAAUGGGGAGACUUUACUCAGCUGAUGAAGCUCCAGAAAGGCCUCGCAUCCCUGUUUGCAUACAGAAUUCCAGAUAUUUCAUGCACACGAUGGCUAGUCUCACUCAUAUGAUCAGACUUUUUUUUCCCUGGGGGGG